GCAUAUUAAAACAUUCUUUUGUUUGUUUCCUUUCUUUUUUUCGUAGAGGGCGAUUGUGUAGAUUAUAAAGAAUAUGAGAUAGUAAGAUAUAAAAUGAAAAUAGAAAUGAAGAUAUAAAGAUAUGAGGCAUUCUUUUCGCGUUACAGAUAUUAAAUUAUAAUGGCGUUCGAGUUAGAUGAUCUUUUAAAGGACGAUAAAAAAGAUGCUAAUUUAAUACCGGACUUAAGUAAAGCGACAUGUAACUCUCAAGAGGAAUUCAGACAAUUGUUGGAACAUUGUCCAGAAUUUAAGAUCAAAUCAGAAAAGGUAAAAAAAGAAGAUACCAAAGUACGUGAUAAGGAAUUUUCUUGGAAAGCAACCAAAAAAGAAUUGAAAGCUAUUGAAAGAGAAUGGACAUAUGGAGAUCCUAUACCGCCCGAUAUGAAAAAUUUAAAUCUUUACGAAUUACAACAAGUUGCUAUCGAUUGGAAAAUGCUUACGCCGAUUAGACCGAAACUUCGCCAAGAUGAAGAGUUAUUUUCAAGAUUGGUAGAAAUGGGCAAGUUAGAAGCAAAAACUCGCAUAAAAGAACGACGUUCCUUUAUAAGUCCAAUAAGACGUAAUAAAAAUCGAGCUGGGAUUAUUGAAAGUAGCGUUAAAAUUUGCGGGAAAUGUGGCGAAGAAUAUUGUUUUGGUGAAACCUGCGGCGAUAUUUUGUAUGACUCGUACGUUCGAAUCACUGUUCUGACUCAACAAUCUAAGACGAAGAUCUCUGCCGAUACAGAAGCCAUUAUCGCUAACAUGAAUUGUCCUAAAAAGCAGAAAAGGAAAAAACUUAAAACGAAAAGUAAAACACCCAGAAAAAGUGUAUGUUUGUUGAUUCACCAUAAAACAAGAAAGCUUACAAGUAAAAGCAUGGAAAGUAAAAAUAAUAAUAGGCGCGAGAGUGAUAUCGAAAAAUCUGUAAAACCCAUAAGACAAUUUAAAAGGAAAUGCACUAAAUAUCGGAAAAAAGUCAAUCGAACAAAUGAUUGACAUUAUAAAGACAACAAAUAAUUUCCCAUAUAAAAGUUCUUCCAAGCUUUUCCUUGUCAUAUUUUUUUUUAUACAUUUGUUCAAGUUCAUUAAAAAAAUUAACAGAAAUAUAAUUAAAUCAUAAAAAUAGAUUUAAUAUAUACUUCUAACGAUAGUAGUUAAAUAUGAAAACUUUAUAAAAGUAUACAGUAAUAUAAAUCGUACAUUUAGUAAAAACUAUAUACGAUCAUAAAAAGUUCAUAAGCCCCAUAUGUACAUACAUUUCCACAUUUAAUGCUAUUCAUGUGCUAAUAUUAUAUUUAAUAUAUGUAUAAUAACGUUUAUAAUUACUUCAAACUUUUGUUUAGAAACAAAUAAUAAAUUUCUAGGUGUAUGUAAUAAAAAAUAAAAUUGUAUGUAGUAAAAGAUUCGCAUUGAAAAUAGGUAAUUUCAAUGAUCUUAGAAUUUUCAUAGUUUCAAUUUACACCAGUAGCAUAAUUGCUUAAACACAAAGAUAUGAAUAAUAAAUUAUAAAUAUAUUACA